CGCACACAAAGCUAAAUGUGACUGGGUGUACGAAAUAUAGUUCUCUAACUUCUAAGUGUAUCUUCGAUGUAAGCCUCGCAGAUAACUACCACAAGCGCACAUUUGUCUACAAAGUGACAGUGAUGAAGACACAAUUUCUUGUUGGUCAGCCAUGGAAGACACUUUUUCGAAAUGUAGCCUGUCAUCGAUACCACCAUCGUUCCUGUUUCGUCGAGCAUGGAAACAAGCAAACAUUUUUAAAUAUUCCAAGGAAAAACACCACAACUGAUGCACCAGCGAAUCAGAACAAGAAAUGCAGCAUUACAGGAUCUGCAAACAAGGCAUUCACUGUAUAUCAGAAUGUUGAUAUCCUAAGCUGCAAUGAGCAAUCAUGCUAUGAGAAACAUGUGCCCAAAGGUAAAGGACUUGCAAAUAACCCAUGUGGGUGGAAGAUAUUCAGUGCAUAUCAGAAUGUUGAUAUGGUAGGAUGCAGAAGUUAUACAACAUCUGGGAAACAUUUUUCUAAAGAACAAUUAACUCAAAACUCACCAUCAGUGUGUUUCACGUCAAAAAUAUUACCAAAUGUACAGAAUUGUGUAAAUCUAAAUUUUUGUGAAUCACGUUUUUUCUGUUCCUCUGCAAUGUACUACGAACCGUGCUACAUUUUCAAAUACAUUGUGCACACAAGAGUACUAUCACGACUAAAGAUCUACCAAACGAUGGCGACCGUGAUGGCUUUACCGCCAACAGCCGUCCUACACAGCCUGGGAAAACUGUCAACAGUUGACAUGUAUGCCAUGUUUGGAAUUUCUUCCGUUGCCUGUGUCAUGUUGUAUGUGAUGAGCUGGUACUUCAGGAGGAUUGUGGGAAUGAUAAGCAUCUGUAAGGAGAAUAAGAUGGUUCGCUUAUCGCACCUUACAUUUUGGGGGAAGAGAAAGGACCUGUACAUAUCCCCAGAGGACAUAAUCCCACUCCUAGACAUGUCAGAGAGUUCCAAGAAGGUGUAUGUCUUGGUGAAAACGUACAGUAGUGAUGAAACAUUCAUUUUAUUUUUGAGGUUUCACAGGAUCUUUGACAGAGAUCAACUAGAAGGCAUUUUUGGACCUUUAGAGUAAAAGUUUAAAAGACCUAAGGCCUACUGCCAAUGUCAUAUUUAAAUAAAUUAAUUUUCUAAUGUU